AUGCCGGUACGACACCGCGAACUCGGCGAAGAGCUCGCACCCCCGGAGCCCAAGCGCUGCAGGCACUGCGACGAGAGCCGAUCGUCGUGCGGUGGAGGCGAGGGCUCGGAGGGCUCGGACGGGCGCGUGUCCUGGCGCGUGACACUCGACCACGACCUGGUGGAGACCCUGAGCGCGAUAUACCCCGAGUGGUUCAAACCACAGCAGCGUCGCGACCGCAGCCGCGCAGCCUCGCCGGUCUCGCCGCCUCACACCCCGCCCACGCCGCCCUCAGACGACACGUUCAGCUCUGGUGCGGAGGAGAUGGCUGGACGGCAGGCGAGCAGCAGCGGCGCCAGCGAGCCGUCCAGCUCGCCGCGCGUGUCGCCGCCUAAAGUCAUCGUCGACGACAGCCCGCUCCAGCCUGCCAUGGGGAAGCAUAAAGAAUCGUUGAAAGUGAAGCUGAUGAUGCGCCGGCCCAUCAACCAGCUCGUAGCGCAAGGAAUAAUGCCCCCAUUAAAAACUCCGCCGGCGUAUUUUGAACAAUGCAAGCAACUAGAGAGAGCCAAAACAGGCGAUUUGCUGAAAGCAAAAAUCCAACGGCGACCAGAUCGUCAAGAAUUAGAAAGGAGACACAUUUUGGAACAAGAAAGCCAUGUGGAUCCGAGUUUGGCUGAAAAACAAAGGAUGCUGAAAAAAGCACGAUUAGCGGAUCAACUCAAUGACCAGCUUUCACACAGACCUGGUCCUUUGGAGCUCAUCAAGAAGAACAUACUUCACACUGAGGAGAAUAUAGAAACUGCAGUAAAAAGUGGAAUACUCGCAUUUAAAGCGACCAGCGAGGGCGCUUCCGGCCGACCCCAACAUCCUUCCUCGUACUGUGGACCGCCCGAUGAAGUAUCACCUUCACCCUCACCUCCUUCCACGCUCUCACCCAUAAGCGUGACCUCGCCUCCGCAGCACCCUGCUCCUGGCAAGGAAAAAAAUCGAAAGAAAAAUAAACAAAAACAACAACCAAAGGCUCGAUUUAAAUUUCAUGAAUAUAAAGGGCCCCCGAACGCACAAAAAGCGUCUUCACCGCCCGGAACGGUCGAGACCCCAUAUGAACUUUUACUGCAACAGCAACAGCUUCUCUUACAGCUAAUGUUGCCCGCGUCUCCAGCGCCGUCAACCGCGUCCGUGACGUCAGACUGCUCCGACGUGCUGCCCGCGCCUCCCCCGCCCCCGCUGCCGCCGGCGCCCCCCUCCGCGCUCUCGUCACUGUCCCCCUCCCUACCCGUCGCCUCGCGAUUUGAAGAUAUGAAAGUGUCGGAUCUCCGGGCCGAAUGUAAGCGACGGAACCUCCGAGUGUCCGGCCCAAAGCCACAGCUAAUAGAUCGAUUGAGGCCCUUCCUCGUCGAGAAACAGGAAGAGGCUCCGAAGUCACCGGUAUCCGUCGCAUCGGUGCCUUCUGUAGCUUCAAUGGUUUCCAUUGCGUCUCCGGACCCUCGAAUCAAGAUCGAACCCCAAGAAGAUAUCGUUCAGUCGCAACGCCGUCAAAUCGAGGAGCUCGAACGUAAACUAGAGGUGUCGCGCCAACAGCUGGAAGCGGUGCGACGCGAGGCAGCGGGCGCGGCCGCCAGUGAUCAGGGUCGACGUCUACUGCAGGCGCAUCUUUGUGUAACGCAGCUCCGUGCCAAACUGGAUGCUCUGCAACAAUCCCCGCCACCACCACCCCAGCCUCAAUACGUACGGCUCUUCACAAUGACUCCACCCGCUCCGAAUCUUGACACAACUGUCGAUUCUACACUUCAAAAACCUGCAAAUCCUGCAUACAUACUGAACGGCGUAAAGGUGGUACCCAUAGCGAUACUUCCGACGACGCAUUAUGAACCGGAGCGACUGGCACCUCCUCCUCCUCCGCCACCACCUCCCCCGCCGCCCCCGCCGCCGCACGUGUCCUCCCCGCACGAUCAUAACGAGGAAAGUCAGAUUAUGGAUGACGUGCUUGAAAUUUUAGUAGAGAACGGUGAAUUACCACCUUCGGCCGUAGGCGACGCGGGGGUCGUCGCUCCAGUCGUGGAUGUGGGAUAUACGACAUCUAAUGAUUCGUUUUCACCUCACGAGGUACUAACCGAUGACCUUCUCGGCGACACGCACGUGCGAGAUUCACUCGCCGCGGACGAACUGCAAAGAGAACUCGACGACAUUCAAAAUGAAAUAAUGAAUCACGUCGAUCUUCAUCCCGUACAGUCUGACGAAAGAUGUAACGGAGAGCGGCGGGCCCCGGACAUCGAUGCGGAUCUCGGCGUCGACAUCUUGAACACUGGAGACUUCCAUCCGGAUUUCGUUUCCGAUCCGAACGGCGCCGACGACGACUUCUUCGAAAGUCUUCUUUCCGGCGCGACAGACGACGGCUCUCACGUCCCGAUGGACGUCGGAGAAGACCAAUCUGAGAGAACGGUCGAGACUCCCCUGGCCAGCGUCGACAUCCUCGAUCAUGUCCGGACCGGCUUCGAUUACAUGGAUGACUUGUCGCUGCCGUCGUUUCCUCACGACGAGCACCACCACCACGACAGCUUCGAGAGGCGACCGUGCGAGCUGGACCUCAAGGAGUGCGGCAUCGACAUCGGGCCGAGCGCCGCGAUGGACAGCGAGGGCUACGACUACAUGGACACGGAGAUGAUCCCCAACAUGUUCGGUCGCGGGCACGUGCCGCAGUGCGACCCGCUGCUGGGCGGCGUGCUGUCCCGCCCGGCGCCGCGCCCCGCCCACAAGCACUACUCGUGGGAGCGCAUCGAGUACGACGCCACCUGACCCCCCGCCCCCCACCCGCGGCUCCGCGCCGUCCGUCACUCGAUCAGCGGGGGGACCCGAACGUAGACGUUGUUCUGUGCGCGCGACACAAAGUGUUCGCGGUCAACGAGACUCUGAAUAAAGUUAUUGGUGUUUGUACUUAACGUCGGCACGAACGCUCUCGUGUCGCUAGAUAGUAGUUGAAAUGUUUCAUUCGUGUCACUUGACGCGCGCCGACCGGGAUCGUCGCGCAUACUUGGCUCAUCUAAAGCAUCCGGGUGGAGCAUGUGUUGCGCUGUAUCUAUAGUCUGAAGCCGAGUCAAGUCAUCACAUCAUUUUAUAAUUUUAAUGCAUUGAAACUAACACGUCUGAUCGUCAAAAGAUCGUUUUAUUUUAAGUUGUAUUCCAUUAUCUAAGUAAAUAUUAAAACAAAAUGAUACCAAGACUAUAUAACGAAAAUCUAUUUGCUCAUUAUCUAAAUUAUAAUAUCCAUAAAAUUAGCCAAUAAUUCUAAUGUUCUAUUUAUUUAUUGGCUUACAACAUGAAUAUGUUCCAUAAUAAUAAUUUUACUAUGAUCUUUAGGUCGAGAAUACCGUGUUUGUUAUAUUAUUUAUUUGAUAAUAACUGCUUAUGUAAGGCAUCAUAAAUGAUGUAUUUUCCCUACAUUAUCUGCUAAGUGAGAUGUUUGAUAAGUAUACUUUAUAUUAAUUAUUUAACUCGUGAUUAUGUUAGGAGAGUUUAAUAUCUGUUUUAUAAUUAUAAGUUCGAAGUGAUAACAUACUAAUUGUUUAUUUAUUAUUAUUCAUUGCAUUGCUCUCUGAAAUGUAACCAAUUUACGUAAAGAAACAAAUUGGCUUCAUUGUAACGCUUUCAACCCCAUAAAUGUGUUUGUACAAUUUCUUCAUUAAAUUAGUGCUUAGAAUUAAAAAUGGGCUUUGAGCCUUAAUAAUACGAUACAGAGCUAGUAUUCAAAAAUAAUUUAUGUAUAAAAAUAAUAAUGAUGUGAUAAGAUGACAGGAGUCGGAUCUGUAGUGUAACUGGAUAGUUUUUUUACCUUGCCCCUGUAAUCAAACCUUGUACAUAAAUACUAAGCCUUUUCUAGUUUAAGGAAAGAACGUUAAAUAAAAAGUUUU